AUGGCUACUUAUCAGCAGCCACUGGAGAGGCCCGUUCUCUCCGACCCCGGAAAAUGCACCCUGAACGUUGAAAUACGCCUCCUGUCCGGCACUCUGCCCUCUCCCAUUUCGCUGCCAGAAGUAGAUUGGACACACAUGUCGACCUCAUCCGACUCCACAAAGCGUCCGGCGCGCGAAAUCCGCACCAGGGUCGCCUCGUGCGAGCCCUGCCGCCUCUCCAAGCUCGCGUGCGAUCACCGUCGCCCGGCGUGUUCGCGGUGCGUGAACCGCGACAUCACAUCGCAAUGCGUCUACCGGAAGAACCCCUUCAAACGGGGGAGGCCGAUCGUGCUGUCGAAUCAGAGCCAUAGACUCCAACCAGCUGUUGUGACCGCAUUGCCGCCGGCCGGCCCAGUGUCCACGUUUCAGAUGAAACCGUACCCGAAUCCAGGCUAUCAGGGAUCGUCUUCCUUGAAGACAGUGCUAGAUAACCUCGGGGACCAUCUGGCCGUCAGGAUUGACCCAUCCGGUUCCACGCCCGGCGGACAGCAUUCCUCCAGGGACGCCGUCUUGCGCGCCGACAGCAGCAAGAUGGUGGACGAGGGCGUGCAGCUCCUGGAUACCUUUCUGAACUACCUGGCCGAUGAUUGCUUCCGGCAGAUUUUCUCCGAAACCAAGGGCACUGCGCUCGAGUCGCAUCUCGGCGCCUUUCUGAUCUUCCCCUUUUUCGGCAGUCUCGUCAACGAGGUGGACCUCAUCCGCCGGUCGCAGAACCGACAGGCCAGCUUGUACGCGUUAUCGCAGCGCAUCUUUGAAAAAGCGAAUCAGCCGGUGGAGAUCCAUGAGUCUUUUACACUGCAAGACUUCUCGGCCCAGUAUACGGGCCAGAAUCUGCGGUGGGAGACGGUAGGCUUGAUCAUCACGCUGGCAGGGAUUGCGUCUACUGAAAUUCGUGUACCGCAUGCUGUCUGCAAGACGGAUGAGGAGCGACAGGUUCUGAGGACGAGUUUGGUCCAUUUGAGCAACAAGUGCAUCGCAUUUUGCGAUUCCUUAGACACGCUGAAUGAUGUAUCCAUGAUCUUCCUGUUUGAGAGCUUCCUGCUCGCCUCUGCUUUCUACGGUGACCAAAGCUUCAAGGCCUGGAGACGGCUUAAUCACGCAUCCAGCGCUCUGUUCGCAGACGGGCUGCAUGAGACCUUCAAGGAGAGGCAGCACCAGCCCUUUUUCUUGACUCAGCUCCGCCAGCGUAUCUUCGCCCGGAUAUACGAAACAGACAUCAGCUUCGCCGUGUUCCUCGGACGGCCGCCGCGUAUGAGUAAGCGCUUCUGCUUUACCAACAUGCCGUUGGAUAUCGAGGAGGAUACGUACCAUUUGGCCGGGGAGGCUCUGGACAAGGCACUGAGUCAGCUGGAUCAGAGCGGUUGGAAUACGCUGGGCCAGGUCAGGAAGAGCGCUGUGAUCCGGUGGUCCUUGAUCACGGCGAUGAUUCAGGAGGAUACGCUGGAGACUCUACUGGGACGGAGCGUGUCGAAUGUCGCGCAUCGGAUCAGCGAACUUCGAAGGAAAAUCGAACAUGCAUGGAAUGACCUUCCAUCAUUUCUCACCAUGCCCACGCAGGACCUAUGGGUCAAGGGACGCCCUUGCGAUGAAGUCGACACUCUCCAUCAGAUCAGACUGCUCUAUCUGCACACCAGCUUUUUAGUCGAAUGGACGGCAUCACGUCAUGGUCUAUACCACGCAGGGUCGCUGUUUGCGAGUGCCAGCGAACUCCUGGCGUGGGUCAACGAGGCUCUGGUCCGGCGGGAACAGCUGUCCAGUCUGGGACUCAUCUCCCUGGCAUGGCGAGUAUGUGGUUCUACCCGUUAUUAUUCCAUUUGUUGCCUGCGCUAA